AUUGCCAAUGCGCGGAUUGGUGGCAUGAGUGUUGAUCUCAACCUCUCAUCAACUGAUUACUCAUUGGCGGUCUUAAUUUUUUCUUGGGAUACAUCGGAAAUACCUAGUAACAUGAUGAUGCCUCAACUCCGACCAUCUAUCUUCUUAUCCCUCCUUACUUUUUCUUGGGGACUUGUAGCUGCUUGUUUCGGUCUUGUUCAAACAAAGCAAGCUUUGAUUGGCAUGCGCUUCCUUUUAGGCCUUAUUGAGUCUGGGUUUUUUCCUGGAUUGGUGUAUUAUCUCUCUUCGUGGUAUCGGAAGCGCGAAUUGGCUAAAAGAAUUGGACUCUUGUAUUCUGCAGCCAUCUUCUCCGGAGCGUUUGGUGGUCUGUUAGCUGGGUCUGUAAUUGCUCAUCUCGAUGGUGCUCUAGGGAUCAGAGGCUGGCGGUGGAUUUUUAUCAUCGAAGGAUCUGUGACGAUCUUAGCUUCCUUUGUUGUAGUUUUCUUCUUACCAGAUUGGCCAUCAGAUACUAGAUGGCUUGGUCCAGAACAACGCAUGUUGGCAAAAGCUCGUCUGCACGAUGAUACUUUGAUAACAUCUCAAGAUACAGAAUAUCAACACUUGAGUCAUUUACAAGCUCUGAAAGCAGCACUGCUAGAUUGGAGGACUCAUGUAUUUGGCUUGAUGUACACGUUGAUCAGUAGUGCAAACAUGAUUUCUUACUUUAUUCCAGCUAUCACAUCAAGUAUGGGUUACACUGGUGAAAAGGCUCAAUUCAUGACCGUACCUAUUUACAUAUGUGCUGUGUUAGCUAUCAUUGGAAUCUCAUUUUCAGCUGACCAUUUUAAUGAAAGAGGUUUACAUAUUGGAUUACCCAGCUUUGUUGCUGGGAGUUUGUAUACAAUUUGUAUUUGGGUACAUGAGCCUAAAGCUCGUUAUGGAAUACUUUGUCUUUCCUAUGGUUUGGUACAAUCUGCUGUUCCUGUGAUUCUUGCUUGGGUGUCACAGCAUAUCAAAUACCCUGAUUCAAAAAGAGCAGUUAGUCAAGCUUAUGUGAAUACAGUUGGUAGUGCGGCUGCAUUUUACGGUAGCUUUCUUUGGUCUAAACCUCCGGAUUUUACUAAUGGGUUUAUAGCUUUAAUGAUCUUCUGUUUUGGAUGUGUGAUUUGUGUGAUUUUUGCUCAAUUUGCAUUUGUGAGGGAGAAGAUAAAAAAAGAAAAGGAGUUGGUCAAGAAAGUCAGUGUAGAGAUGGAGAACAGAAGAUGA